AUCUCUCAGAGACAUUGACGUAUUCCCUCAGCGCCGGGAGCACGAGUAUCGACAUCAACACAAAAAGCUCCACUUCUCUCAAAGGAGGAGAGCUUCUCAUCAUACUUGAUCUGUCAGUUGGGUGGUAGUGUCAAAGAGGUGCGCAGCAACCGGCGCAGACUCCUUCUCGGGGUUCCGAGAAGUGAGUCUUGGAUCAGAGACACGGGGAGACGACACCUGGACAAUCCAAGAUGCCUAAAAUCGGUGACCGGCUAGCCCGGCUGCUACCAAUGAUCGGUUACCACCACGUGCUGAUGAUUAUCAUUGCUGUCGCCAUCAUCCUUCUAUCCCUACUAUUGGCAGGAUGCUCAUCGUCCUCACCCCAGAUCCCUAGCAUAUUCCUGAUAUCACUAUACUACGAACGAUACUCACCGACAUUCAACCUGGCGCAGGUAGAUCCUGGCGUGGUUACAGCAACGGCGAACAUUGUAGGAGGAGCCGAAAUGGAAGUCCGUGUGGGCUACUUCGGUAUUUGCGUGCAGCCAGAUGCGGGAUCAUAUAUCUGCAAUGCCAAUGCGACCGCCUUGGCCGAGAUUGUCACGGUCGAUCAAGACCCUCUGAACCUGAUCUGGGUUGCGUCAACGUUCAAAGAUGCUGUUGUGUUUCCGUACCUACUCAUUAUCGCCGUCAUCCUCGCCUUCUUCUGUUUUAUCCUGCUGGCUACCUUCCCCGGAUGGCACGACGAGCUCGAUGCUAGUGGUUCCGAAGUUGAAGCCAAGCCGUUUCCUUCGCGACCUGUCUCGCAAGCCGCCCUGGCUCUCAUCUUCGUCGCAUCGGUCUUCGUCCUCGUCUCCGUUCUCUGGCAACAUACCGCAUCCGUCGCCGCGAGCACCAUCGCUCAGGACAUGGGCAAUGGUAGUGUGAAGAGUGGUGUUGGCACCUCUGCCAUGGUGCUGGGCUGGUUUGGAUUCGGUCUCAUGGUGGUCGUGACGAUAGGUCUUCUCGUCAUGAUUCUCAGCAUCAGCCUCAUCAGACAAUUGACGGACGAAGCAUAGUCGCGUUGACAUGCC